GCGCCGUGCUCCGGCGCUGAGGGGCGCGGCCUGGCGCAGCGGGCGGGGCGGGCUGGAGCAGCCCGGGGCGGGCUCUGCGCUCCGAGCUCCGCGCUCCGCGCUGGCGGCUCUGCCUCCGAUAGCACCCGCGGAGCUCCAGCCCCGCUCGGCGUUCCCUUCCUCACGCCCUCCGCCCGUCCGCGCCGGCGGAGGUGGGGUUGGCGGAGGCGAGGAAGGAGCCGGUGUGAGGGGAGCGGAGCGGAGCGGCCGGAGCAGGGCCAGUAUGAAAUUCCUCGCUGCUUGCUGCGUGCUGCCUCUCUUCUCUGCGCUGGUCUCGGGCACUGGACAGGGCUAUGAAGAGCUGGAAAGACAACUGAAAGAAGUCUUUAAAGAGAGGAGCAACAUACUUCAUCAGCUGUUAAAGACUUCUAAAGAACUUCAGGGAAUUAAAGUAAACCUCCAGUCUUUAAAAAAUGAUGAAGCAUCAACCAAAAAUGAUGUACAGAAACUUCUGGAAAUGGGCCAAAACCAAAGGGAAAUGAAAUCUCUCCAUGAAGCCUUUCAAAAGCAGCUUAAUGAGGCAGCUGAGAAGGCAGAGAAGCAGCAGGCUACCAUUAAGUUUUUGAAGACUGAAAUGGAAAGGAAGAGCAAAAUUAUACGAGACCUCCAAAACGAGAACAAAAGCCUCAAAAACAAGCUCUUGUCAGGAAACAAGCUUUGUGGUAUGCACGCAGAAGAGUCAAAAAAGAUCCAAGCCCAGCUGAAAGAGCUUCGUUAUGGGAAAAAGGAUUUGAUUUUUAAGGCACAACAGCUAACAGAUCUGGAGCAAAAACUAUCUGUUGCAAAAGACAAAUUGGAAAACGCAGCCCUUGACCAAGAGUCCCAGCUGAAAGCUCUGAAGGAGACUGUGCAGCUUUGCCUGUGCUCCGUUCUGCGCAGUCAGCCUCCCGCAGCGAGUCUGAUCUCCUCCAAACCAGCUGAGAAGCUGCCUUCCUCCAAUGCAAAGGGCUCCCAAGCCCCAUCCCAAGGCACAAGCACCAAGGUCUGGCAAAAUGUCUCAGCAGAGAAAGAGAAUUUUCAUGUGGCCUUGAAAAAGGAAGAAAAUCAAAGCACCCAGGAGUGUGAUUCUCAAGAUGUUGCCAAGACAUGUUUGGGGAAUCAUAAUAAUUCAACAUCUCGUUUGAAAGCAGCAGAAACAGAGACAAGCUUUCAGAAGUUUCACAGCCCUCCAUGGACUAAACCUGAAGAUGAAAAAUCACCUGAAAAAAAAGAGAAAAAAUAGGAAGCAUCUGUUAGUACUCCAGAAUAAAAACUCUAAAUGCUACUAACCUACAUGGAAAAAUGCCAAUCACUUCCAUUUUCAUGUUCUGCUAGCACAAAGGCAUGAAAUGUCCCAGGUUUCUAAAGCAUGGAUUUUUCACUGUUUUAUGAAUGUCUGUAAAUUAGUCUAGAACAGACCAGUUAGUACCUUACAGCAAUAAUCCAAAAUUGAUGUUUGAAGAAGUGCUUUGUAAUGCAGUCCAGUUUUUGAACUCUUGUUCUACCUUAUCAGUAAUUGUAUACUAUAAAUUACCUUCUUUGUAAACAACAGUCAUUCUCAAGUAUAUUUCUCACUGUUUUAUUUCAUGCAAUUUUGUGGCAGAUUAGAUUCUAAUAUUAAGAGGCAGUCAAUGUGGAGGGGGGGAAGGAUUCAGUGUAACCAUAUUUGAAGUACAAUCCUCAAGUGCAACUGUAAAAAGAGAACUCUGUCUGGGGGUCCAUCUAUUCUUACCUUUUAGUAAUUUCAUCUCAAAUCCACUUACUUACACAAUAAAAUAGGUUUAUUUUGUUCUUUUUUUCCUCA